UGUUUCUCUGUGGGCUACUGUUAAUGAGACACGGUCGUGGUUUUUAGCAGACUUCCCGGACUUCCCGCACAAGUUUGUCUGGCAGCUCAAACUAGGGCACAACAGUUCCCUCAGAUACGCUGCAUCCUUUGUUUGGGGUCCCUCCUCAACUUCGCAAACUUGUUCGCUCGUGGCUCCCACGACACCCUGGAGGGAGGAUGGCUGCCAUCAAGGCUCUGCAACAGUGGUGCAAGAACCAGUGUGAUGGCUACACAAAUGUGGCAGUCACGAACAUGACAACGUCUUUCAGAGAUGGAUUAGCUUUCUGUGCGUUGAUCCAUAAAUACAGACCGGAUCUCAUAAACUAUGAGUCCCUCAGAAAAGAGAAUAUUUAUGAGAACAACAAACUGGCCUUUCAUGUGGCAGAGGAGCACUUGGGGAUUCCCGCCCUGCUGGACGCAGAGGAUAUGGUGGCCCUGAGCAUCCCUGACCGACUCAGCAUUCUCACUUACGUCUCCCAGUACUACAACUACUUCAAUGGCCGCUCUCCAAUUGGAGGGGUGGGUGGUGUUAAGAGACCUGCUGAAGACUCCAAGGAGGAGCCGUCCGAGAAGAAGAACCUUCCGGUUGUUUCCAAAGUCUUCGGCCCCAAAAGAGCCAUUGAGAACUGUCCUCCGACCCCACUCAUCCAGAAACCGUCACCGCAGCUUAAACCUGAACCAGCUGCCCAACAGAAGGCUGUUUUAGUGGAGAGCUCUAAUAAAACUGGCACCCUGAAUAGCAAAUGUGCUGUUUGCAAGACCCAUGUGCAUUUGGUGCAGCGCCACCUAGUGGAUGGGAAAUUGUACCACAGGAGCUGUUUCAAGUGCAGUGAAUGCUCGAACCCUCUCCUGCCAGGGGCGUAUAAGACGGGAGCUGAACCAGGGACGUUUAUCUGCAAUGCACACCAGAAAGGCUACAAGUCGUCACUCCCCAGGGCUGCACAAAAGAGCACAAGUGGCCCUGUAAAGCCCCCCACUACUCCUGCUGCUCCUGCUGCUCCUGCUACUCCUGCAGUGCAGGUACAGGUGCCAAAGAAGGAUGACAAGACCCAGCCUGCAGUCCCAAAGACCAGCUCCAUGCUAGCUGCCCCUGUGAAAGUCACUCUCAGGCCCGUGGAGCCCAGUCCAGCGCCGCAGCCAUGGACCCCCUCAGCACAGAGGACCCAGGCGGCCAGACGGCAGUUCUUCCAGUCCUCCACCCAGGCUCCAUCCUCAGCCCCAGCCCCGACGCUUUCCUCCACCCAGGCUCCAUCCUCAGCCCCAUCCAAAGCCCCAGCCCCAACUCCAUCCUCAGUCCUAUUCAAAGCCCCAGCCCCAGCUGUGACACUUUCCUCCACCCAGACUCCAUCCUCAGCCCCACCCAAAGCCUCAGCCCCAUCCUCAGUUUCAGCCCCGACGCUUUCCUCCGCUCAUGCUCUAAGAGAAUCCGUUGCCCAUCGGCCGGCGCCAGGGCCAACAGAAGCUGGCACCACCCCGUCCAGGGCAGCGUCCAAGCCAGAGGAGAAGGAGCGGGCGCGGGCCCUGAUCAGCAGGAAACUGGCCGAGGGCAACUGCAACAAUAACAACAUCGCGUAUCAGUUUGGCUCCAGGACUGAGCAGAAUUGGUCUGGGAAGGGGCUGCGCUCUGCCGGGGCGCCCAGCUGGAGGCUGGAGAAACGCAGCCAAGGCACGGCGGGGGGUGGGGCGGCCCCUGCACACCCCUCCAGCACCACCAGCACCAGCACCAGCACCAUCCCCAUCCCCACCCUCACCCCCAUCCCCACCCCCAUGCCUGCCAUCACCCAACACAUAGCUGCUUCAGACGUGUCUGCCGCUGACUGGCGAUCAAAGCUCCAGCCCUCCUCCAAUGGCCCAAGCCUGAAAUCUCCUGGACCUGCUAAAGGGUGUCCACCCAACCCUGUGGAGAACAAGCCUACUAUGACCUACAAGGCCAGUCUGUGCAUCACCGUUACCUCGACCUCUUCUGAUAAGCCUCAGCCCUUAACCAGCCCUCCCUCAUCAGGGUCCAGCAGUUCCAGACCCCCCUCUGUCCAGCAGCCCCGCAGGAAAAGCUCAGGGGGUCAUGGUGAUGGUGUAAAAGCUUUAGCAGAGUCCGCAUCCUCCACCCAGACUGUUGUGGUCUCCAGAAGCUCCUCGGCCAGCAAUCCCUCCCGUGUCAAAGCUUCAUCUCCAAAGCAGCGGCGGCGUGGGUCUGCAGGCUUCGGCUCACAAAAUGAAAGCUACCAUGCUCAAAGCCCAUCGACUGGUUUGUCCGGUUGGACAACACCCGUGUCCAGCAGUGUCCAACUCCAACCCUAUAGAGCCCCCUCACCCAAACAGCCGUUUCGGGGCUCAGCUGGAGCUGCAGGAUCUAGGAAUGGCUAUUCUACAUCCACUGGACCUACACCUCGUUGGGUGACCCCUGUUACUCUCCACGUUUCUCCAAGUGAAGCCACUGGACUUACACCCCAUUGGGUGACCCCAGUUACUGUCCGCCUCUCUCCAAGUGAAUCCACCAACCACAAGACUCCAUCAGCAUAUCACACACCUCAUAUAGUUCCUGUUGAACAGGGUUCUACAAAUGGACAUCACUCAGAGGAAAUGGCUUUUGUCGCUACAGUGAGGUCACCAGCCAAAACGCAUCACAUUCCGAUGGAUGAGAUUGUGAAGGAGCUUGGGGAGAUCGAGGAGAACCUGAACGAGCUGGAGAGGGAGGGGGUGGACCUGGAGAAGAGGCUCAGGAGCUGUGAGGAAGAGGGAAGAGGGGACCUCCUGAUGGACCCACUGAUGGUGGACUGGUUCAAUCUCAUCCGCAAGAAGCAGGGCUACAUGAGGAGAGAGUCAGAGCUGGUCUACAUAGCCAGAACUCAGGACCUGGAGGAGCAGCAGCCUGGGGUGGAGGGGCAGCUGCGGAGGCUGCUGGACAAGCCAGAACACCUGAAGAGCGAGUCGGAGCGCCGGCAGCAGUCGGAGCUGAUGGAGCGACUCCUGGAGAUCAUCAACGACCGGAAUGCCAUUGUGGAAGGCCUGGAUCAGGACCGGCUGAGGGAAGAGGAGGAGGACCAGCAGCUGAAUGAAAUGAUGCAGAAACUUGGUAUGAAGAAGACGAAGAGCAAAAGGCAGUCCUCUUUCUCCAAGCUGUUCAGGAGGAAGAGCAAGAGGGUGGUGGCGGAGGGCUGAGCAGGGCUGAGCAGCUGCACACUGGUGGUCAGUUGGAAGGGCUCGUGUUCUGCAGUGCUGGACGCUUGGGAUCUGGACAACGAGAUGUUGGCUUGUUCGUGUUCCGUUGUAGGUUUUUCCACCACUUAGCACAGCAGGAAAAACCAUGUUUUUUGAAUGUAUCACAGUAGUCUUGGGGCUUUGUUUUGGUUUGAUUUGGAUUUGGAUUUUUGUUUCUAUGUGCUGUUUAAUAUCUACUUUACCUCACCUUAGUCUGUUUAUCUGCAUUCACCUUUUCUACUCAUCAUGAAAGGAAAUGAAUGUUACUCACAUAGACACACUUUUCUUUUGAGCACUAAGUUAAUAUAACUUGCCAGCACUAAUCUGGGUUUAUGAAGGUAUGGAGUAAAUAACAAUAAUUGCACAGAUAUUUUCUUAAUUUGUGUACAAAGCAAUUUAAGCACAGUUUAUUAUAAUGUCUCUAUAGUGAUAUGAUGAAUGUUUUGAGAAGUCUCCCUGAAAAUAGAUAUGUGGUAGCCAGUGUAUCACUGAACAAAUAGACUAGGAAAUUGCUACAUCACUACUCCCAUUUGGAAGGGCUGUCAGGGGUGCAAUUCCAUUUUAGUGCUGAGGGGGGCAGUAUAGCUUCAGCAGCAGUCUCGGCAGCAAAUCCCAUUUUCUUCUCCACAAAUUACUUAUGCCUGAGCUAAUUUCAUAUAUGCCUUGGAAUGUUAAAUUCAUCCACAGAUUAUGUAGUGGAGAGGCUUAUGCAGUGCAGUUUAUAAGGGGGUUUAAAUAUUUAAACCAGGUUUAAUGAAACUCAAAUGCACUGUAAUGCAUCCACUAAGUUGUGUAUUUUUUUUUAAUGCUGGUGAUGAAAAUACUUUCAAUAAUGAUGUCCAGUUCAGUUGUAUAAUUCCCAUUUUAACAAAUGCAGUGUUUUAAAGAUUUUUAAGGGUUAUUAUUAAACAAAGUAAAUGUUAUGAAUCAAAUCCUUAGAUGUUUUACAGAUGUCAUGCAAUAUGGAGAUGAAUGGAAUGGUAAUGUGUGCACACAACAUAUUUGUUUAACUUUAAUCAUGUUUUUAAUAAUAAAUAUUAACUUACUUUUA